GUAGGUGGCGGUAAAGCGCAUCAGGCGGCUGCCACCUGCACGUAAUAGAGAGGAGGAAGAAGAAGACCUAGCCCUGUGCUGACAUUUUUGAUAGCAGCUAGCUAGAUGGAGGAAAAAAACCCGAAUUGUUGCAGAGGGUCCACAGAGCCUCAGACCGGCUGUGCUGUGCACCUCCUCACACGGUGAAGCCAAAGAUGUAACCAAAAGCAGCCCUGGUGGUCUCUGCAAGAAAAUUGCAGCACUUCAGCAUCUACAUCAGUGCUUCUCCCACCUCUGGAGUCUGGAGCGUCACGCCUCCUAACCUGGGCCGGCGUGUGACUUGGCCUUAAGUCAGUCCGUCCCAGGUGGAAGACCCGACACACACCUCUCUCUCUGCCGCUCUCUCUCUCUCUGUGUGUGUGUCCGCCCUCCUCGGCCAUGUUGUUUUCCCUGAGGGAGCUGGUCCAGUGGCUGGGCUUCGCCACCUUCGAGCUGUUCCUCCACCUGGCGGCUCUGCUGGUCUUCAGUAUGCUGGUUGCUCUGCGGGCCGACAUGUUCACCCCGACGCUGAGCUGGUGGCUGGUGUUCGUCCCGCUGUUCGCCGCGGACGGCCUCAGCACCUACUUCACAGCCAUCGUGUCCAUCCGGCUGUACCAGGAGAACGAGAAGCGGCUGGCGGUGCUGCGGCUGCUCUGGGUGCUGACGGUGCUCAGCCUGAAGCUGGUGUGCGAGGUGCUGCUGUGCCAGAAGCUGGCGGAGCAGGAGCAAGCCAGAGACCUCUGGUUUGGCCUCAUCGUCUCGCCGCUGUUCAUCCUGCUGCAGCUGCUGAUGAUACGAGCGUGCCGUGUCAACUGAGGGCAGGCAGCUAAUAAUUGUCACGUUCACGUCACCAAACGGUUAGGAGCAGAGUGUGUACUUCAUCAGCCACAAGAGAUUUAAAGCGUAACACUGGCAUAUUGUUGCUUUCGGCUCAUUUCUAACACGUGUUCACUCCGUACACACAUCCGGCACAUCCGAGUCGCUGACGUUUUUAUCUCCUACCGCAUCAAACUCUGUUUAAGGAUGCUCACGGCUUGCUUGAGUUGUUAUCCAUCACUGCAAAAAAGGAGCAGACAAUCCUUUUUUUUUUUAUAUACUGAUAUUAUGUUCAACAGUGCACUUCAUGCUGUAAGCAAAAUGAAACUUGAGACAAUAAUUGGCCAUGUAAAACUUGUUGGACUCAUUUCCUCUUUGCCCUUUUUUUUUCUUUCUUUCUUUUUUUUUUUUUGGUUACACGUGUCGCGUAAACAGCAUGACUGUAAUUUGUUUUGGUGCUUUUUAGGAGUACAAAAACGAGAGUCGGUGGUGAUCUGCAAGCAUUAAAUGUAAGCAUGUACGUGGAACUCAGCAGUGCCUCUCUACUGGUUUAAGUCGUUGUAGAGAGCGAGCCGUGAGCAAAGCAAUACAAGUGUUAUGAAGUUGAAUGUGCACGUGCACACUCGACACCCACAGACACACUCACUGAGCGGAAGUGAAUGAACGGGUACUGCCUUAAAGGAGGGAUGCACCAGGCAGCCUCUCGGGGGCAGCUGAUGGGCAGCAGUGGCCCCGGGGAGUUGCCUCAGCGUCGUUGCUGUAUUUGCAUAGGAACACUUUGCUGUCAAGAGAAGUCUCAUCACGUGUCUCACUUUGUUGCCUGUCGCUAUAAGUAUUGCCCAUGUUGUCGCCCAAAUGCCUAGCUCUAUCAUCCCCCAGAGUUUGGGUGGACGACAGCGUUUCAGCUCUGAUGCCCUUUUUUUUUUUUUUUUUUUUUUGCAGUUAUCUUCUCACUGUAUCACAGAAUGACUUAACUGAAUCUCUUUUCCACGAGCAGUUAAUGGUGUGCACACGUCUUUUCUGAAUACUGCUGUUUUUAUUUGUACAGUAUUUAAUGUAUUUGAGCUGUUAUGAUCCUACACAUGUAUGUACCGCAUGGUUUUAAGGCCUCAUUCCCAAUGUGAAAUUCUGUGUAAUACAUUUUUUUUUAAUUAUUAUUAUUAUUAUUUUGUUUUGGUACCCUACUUGUUUGAUGUGUAUAUAUGUGUAAAUAAAUGAUCAACAUUUAACUAAUGUGUACUCAAGAAAAUAUAAAUCUGGUUCUGGACAUUUUUAGGAAUAU